AUGUACACACGUACGAAAUCCGUCGUGACCGGCUGCAAGUCCUCUGGGACAACGUCGAAGCCGCUUAUUCCACAUGUGCUGAUGCACUGCAUCAAGACGGCGACGGUGAAGGCACACAGGCGAUGGAGUCAAAGUACGAUCACUGCUAUGCAGUGUACGAGCGGUGUCUCGCCCGUGUUAAGGGGCAAAUUACCCAGGUUUCCGGGUCCAGCAGGAGUGAACCAUCCGUUCCUCCUGUUGACUCCGGUCGAGAAACUUUUCCAUCUGAAUUCGAAGACCGCAGAUGAGGCCAAUGAAAUAGUAGCUAAAUUUCCGCUGACGAACGAUGGUUUCGCGUCGGCUUGGGGUGCUCUCUGCGAACGGUUUGAGAACAAGCGCUUGUUGAUCACAAGCCAGUUGAAGAUCCUAUUCAACCUGUCCACGGUUACCCAAGAGUCGGGAGCAGCUAUCAAGGAACUGCAGAGCACGAUUCAGCGUUGCUUGACCGCUCUUGAGCAUUCAGACAUUUCCGUCUGUAGCCCGUUCGCAGAUUGCAUCCUUGUUUUCCUCUGCUCGUCCAAACUUCCCAAGCUCACACUCUCGUUGUGGGAGCAGUCGUUGGUGGACAAAGCGAAAAUUCCCGCAUGGCAGGAUAUGAGCACGUUCCUCAAUGAGCGUUACCGUACGCUCGAAGCUAUUGAGGACGUAAAACAGACUGCCAAUUCACAGAUCGCGACUGCAGGACCAUCCCGUCCGCAGAAUUCGAAGCGAGUCAACUCCUUUGAGGCCCGAGUCACUCCGAAAAGCAAAUCGUGUGACUUGUGCUCAAAGGAGAAUCACCCUGUCCGGGUGUGUCCGCGUUUCUUGCAAAUGUCGGUCAACGAGAGGAUGACAUACAUCAAACAGAAAAGUCUCUGGCGGCACAACACUCUUCUCCAUCGGGGUGACAGUGCCCACAAUGGUGCCUCUUCAUCGUCCAACAUACAGUCCACUCCAAAUCCAACGGCAACAAAUGUGCAGAAUUUCUUUGCUAAUAACGCUCAGAAUGUCCUUCUCGGCACGGCGGUCAUCAAUGUUUGCCACUUGGGCACUACAUAUACCGCACGUGCGUUAAUUGAUUCCGGGUCCGAAGCGACCUUCAUUUCUGAGCGUUUGUUCCAACGCAUUAAGUUGCCUUUCCAGUCCGUGCGAGCCCAGGUAUCCGGGCUAAAUCACGCAGUUGCGGCCCAAUCGCAGAAGUUAUGUCACUUCAGCAUUGGUUCUCCGACGAAGCCGAGGCUCCAUAUCGAGACUUCGGCAUUCGUAAUUCAACAGUUGGCAGGCAAACUGCCCUCCUUCGAUAUGCCGCGAACUUUCCUCAAGGAUCUACCAGCGAUAGAACUGGCAGAUCCACAUUUCUACAAGAGCGCUCAGAUCGAUGUACUAAUUGGCGCGGAUAUCCUUCCGUCGGUCAUCUUGAGCGGCUCCCGGCCAAACAUUUGUGGCUCACUCCUUGGGCAGGAAACCGUGUUUGGCUGGAUUCUUACCGGCCCUGUCUCCCAGAGUAUGUCGACAACUGUUUCUGCGUUUUCGACAAGAGUCGCCCUCCAAGCAGACGAACAGCUCGACAGCCUACUUUCCAAAUUUUGGGAGGUGGAGGAUAUUCCAGCGAAGCUGAUAAAGGAGUCAGACUUCGUUUGCGAAGAGAAUUUCGUUAAGACUACUUCUCGUAGCACAUGUGGCAGAUAUCGGGUGACUCUUCCAUUCCGGAAGCCCGAUGGCAUUGAACUGGGUCAUUCCAGAUCUAUAGCGCUGGCUCAAUUCCUCAAGAACGAGAAUCGUUUGUCAAGAAACGAUUCUCUAAAGGAACAGUACAAUGCCGUUCUCCAGGAGUACGUGGACUUGGGUCAUAUGACACCCAUAUCGCCUCAAGCGAUUGGCACGACUCCUAAUUUCUACCUGCCUCACCACGCAGUAUUCAAACCGGAUAGCACCACAACGAAGGUGCGGGUCGUUUUCAACGCAUCUUGUCCAUCCUCAAAUGGCAAGAGUCUGAAUGAUAUCCUUCAUUCAGGGCCCAUUCUCCAAUCGGAUCUUACGAUGCAGAUCCUCCGAUGGCGAUACUAUCGAUAUGUGUUCAAUGCGGACAUAACGAAGAUGUAUCGCCAAAUCCUCAUGGACUCAAAGCACACACCGUUCCAACGAAUUCUGUUCCGCACGUCGGACGGUGUGAUCCGUGACUUUGAGUUGAACACGGUGACAUUCGGUGUCAACUGUGCGCCUUUCCUGGCUCUACGAGUCCUUCAGCAACUUGCUGAUGACAUACGCUUGGAGUAUCCUCUCGCAAGCCAUGUCAUCUCCAACAAUAUGUACGUGGACGACGUCCUAGCGGGGACACACACAAGAGAAGAGGCCAUCCGGACCAUUACGGAAGUGUGUGCAGCCCUGGACAGUGCUGGCUUCCCGCUGAGGAAAUGGACGUCGAACCAUAAGAGCGUGCUGAAGGACAUUCCAAGGGACCAUCUACUACGAGAAGACUUCCUCGAACUCGAAGACUCUAGUACGGCGAAAACUCUGGGCAUCAGGUGGCAAGCUCACGAUGACGACCGGGUGGCUGGCCCUUUCGUUAUCCGAGCCAAGAUCUUCAUGCAGGAGAUCUGGCUGAGAACGCUCGAAUGGGACGAGCACCUACCCACGGAUCUUUCACUCCAAUGGAAGGAGUACCUCCAGAGCUAUCCUGCUCUGGGAAAGAUCCGGAUUCCAAGAUGGGUCCAAUUCCAGACACGAGUGAAGCUCCAGUACCACGGAUUCUGUGAUGCGUCAGAAAGGGCGUAUGGAGCAGCGAUCUAUGUCCGUGUGGAAACGGCGAACAAGGUUUCCACACAUCUCCUUACUGCGAAGACAAAGGUGGCUCCGGUCAAAAAGUUUCCAGACUUUCUUUGGACCGACUCAACAAUUGUUCUCGCCUGGUUGAACAAGCCACCCUGCCGAUGGACAACCUUUGUGGCCAAUCGAGUGGCCAAGAUUGUCCAAGCCAGCGACGCCAAGAACUGGUCGCAUGUGCGAUCCGAGCACAAUCCGGCAGAUCUGGCAAGCCGUGGUGUCCUGCCACAAGAAUUGGUUCGUAAUCCGUUGUGGUGGCAUGGACCAGAGUGGCUUCAUCUCCCGUCGGAUCAAUGGCCAUCUUCUCCAAGUCCCAUUCCGGAGACUCUGCUGGAGCAGCGGAUUAAAUGCAACGUCGCUAAGUCGCCUCCGACUCCCGACUUCCUGAGCAGGUUCUCUGAGUUUGGCAGGGCACUGCGCACGUCUGCCUAUGUUCUCCGAUUCAUCGAUAGGAGUCGGAAGUUGGCAGUUCCAAGCUCUACCGUGGUCCAGGCGGAUGAGCUGUCACGGAUCCAAGAGCGGCUAAUCGUCAUGGCUCAACGUCACACUUUUCCACAAGAAUACCAAUGUCUGCAGUCCAAGCAGCAGGUUCCUUCCUCAAGUUCAAUCCGAAACUUGAACCCUUUCCUCGAUGGCAAGGGGAUUCUACGGGCCUGUGGGCGUCUGACGGCGUCCCACUCGCUGCGUUACGAUGAGAGUCAUCCAAUCAUCCUAUCGUACUCCUCGUCCUUUGCACGACUACUGGUGCGUUUCACCCAUCGUAUAUCCUUACAUGGGGGUAACCAAGUCGUUAUGCGGCUGAUCCGUUCCAGGUUCUGGAUUCCCAAAUUGAAGGUCCUCGUUAAAUCCACCAUCAACUCCUGCAAGGUCUGCGUCAUCUACAAGAAGAGAUUGCAGACCCAAAUGAUGGGGGACUUGCCCAAGGAAAGGGCGUCCUACUCGAGACCUUUCACGCACACUGGAGUCGACUUCGCCGGCCCAUUCGAAAUAAAGAAUUAUACUGGCCGAGCCUGCCUCAUCACCAAAGGGUACGUCUGCGUCUUCGUGUGCUUCAGCACGAAGGCAAUCCACUUGGAGGCAACAUCGGAUCUCACGACGGAGAAAUUCCUGGCCGCAUUCUCCCGUUUCAUCGCACGGCGCGGGUGUCCACACCAAAUGUAUUCGGACAACGGGAAAACCUUCGUUGGAGCUGACAAGGUGAUCUCCAACGACUUCUUGGAAGCGACGAGGGAGUGCAUCAUCGCACAACAUGCCCACAAGAGCCUAUCCUGGCACUUCAACCCGCCGGGCGCCCCGCAUAUGGGUGGUUUAUGGGAAGCCGGCGUAAAGAGUUUUAAGGCACUCUUUUACAAGGCGACCUCCACCUCGAAAUAUACGUUCGAAGAGUUGUCCACUCUUCUCGCUAAGAUCGAAGCCUGCCUGAACUCGAGGCCGAUUUCCCCUAUGUCCGAGGAUCCUGCGGACUUACUAGCGCUCACUCCUGGCCAUUUCCUCAUAGGUGGCCCUCUUAUUUCGGUGUUGGAACCACCAAUUAACCAACCGGCCACCUCCAUCCUCAAUCGAUGGCAGCGACUGAAGGCUCUUCACCAACAAUUUUGUUUCCGUUGGAAAGAUGAGUACCUGAAGGAGCUGCACAAACGGACGAAAUGGCAAUCCCCUACCCGGAACCUUCGGAUCGGUGACAUGGUUGUCAUAAAGGAAGACAACCUCCCCUCUAAUGAAUGGCGCCUAGGACGGGUGCUGACGACGUGUCCAGGCACCGACGCCAAGGUUCGAGUGGUAGAUGUGCUCACGGCGCGGGGUACCAUCCGAAGACCCGUUGCCAAACUUAUUCUACUCCCGAUGGACAGCAAGACAGACCCCUCCACGUCAGAAGGACUGAAGGACGAAUAA